GAGGGACAUGGCUGUGAGAGCUUGUGGCUUGAUCAUCUACAGGAGGCUGCAGUCAGCACCAUCUUCUAAGGUUACUGACGGUAUUGAAUACCUCCUCCUUCAGACAUCUUAUGGGACCCAUCACUGGACUCCACCCAAAGGCCAUGUGGAUCCAGGAGAGGAUGACCUACAGACAGCCUUCCGGGAAACACAGGAAGAGGCUGGUCUUCAGGCCAAUCAGCUCACCCUCAUAGAGGGGUACAAGAAAGAACUGCACUAUCCUGUCCGUGGCAAACCUAAGACUGUCAUUUACUGGCUGGCAGAGAUGAAGGACUGUAACACAGAAAUCAAGCUCUCAGAGGAGCACCAAGCUUUCCAAUGGCUGAAGCUGGAGGAUGCUUGCAAAUAUGCAGAAUAUGAAGAUAUGCAAGCUAUGCUGAAAGAAGUACAUCAGUUUCUCAGCACCAAAGAGUAA